UUUCCCCGUUACGCUCUUCAUUUCGUUUCCGAGGCCCAUUUAGCCCGCGGCCCAUUUUAGACUGGUCACGUUUUUCCUCUCCUAUCUAUUCCUCAGCCUCUCUUUUCUGAUCCCAGGUUAGGGUUUCAGGCGAUUCAGGCGAUUCAAGCGAUCCCCUUCAUGCCGAUGUGUAGUUGUUUCAGUUCGUUGUCUUCUCAUCGUACGUGAACUUAGAUCUGCUGGAGCAUCGUUGAAAGGUGGGUUCUCUAGGAUGGGAACAUACAUGGAUCGUGUCAAGUAUCGCUUCUCUAGUAAGCGUUUCCAUAAAGUGAUUCAUUCCCUUUCUGAAGAUCAAAAAGGGUUCUUGGAGAAGUAUGGUCUUGAAAGGUUUUUAGGUUUUCAGAAGUUCAAUGUCCCCAUGCCUUUCCUUGAAUGGGUCAUCGGCCAGGUUGUGGUCGAUCUUUCUGAGUUCAAGCACAGAGUAAAGUCUUUCAAGUUCACAAGAUUUAUGGUCCAACAAAUACUUGGAAUACCUUCUGGAGACAUUCCAAUCCAUCUUCAUAAUGCUGGUAGCAAACCAUGUGAUCCAAGGAGUCAGCCCAAUCCUAUUGUCAUGCCUGGUAGCAAACUUUCUAUUCGUGAUGCUGUGACAAAACUUCUCGGCGAACAUGAUGAGGAUUCUUUUAUCAGAUUGUUCAUGCUUGUUGCCCUUUCAACUAUCAUUUGCCCUUCCACCCAGAACUUUGUGAAUCUGAACUAUGUUCCAUAUCUAUCGGAUGUCUCUCAAAUUAAUUCAUAUGACUGGUCCUCUCAUGCCAUGGGUUACAUUUUCGCUGAGGUUAAGAAGUACCAGGGAUUUAUUUCUUCAAAAGACAGUGGUAAAAUAUAUGUCGGAUCUUGUUUGCCUCUACUUGCUAUUGCAUACUUCGAUUUUGUAGACUUAAGUAGCAAUUAUGCCAAUCAUCACAAGAUCUCGUAUGAGCUGCCAAGAAUCUGUAAUGUGUCAUCAGAAGAUUUCUGUUUUGUGGCUAAUGUGGACAGGAAUUUAUCAAACCCUGGUCGUCCUUCUUUUGGCAUUCUUGAGUUUCGUAGUUUAAGUUCUUCUCCAUAUUUCGAAGCUUCUGAUAAUGUUGAGUCUUUUCAACCUGCUAUUUCUCUGUAUUCCGAUGAAGCUUCAGUCCCACAUCCUCCUUCUCUAUAUUGUGAGGCUACUGACAAUGCUGAGUCUUUCCAACCUGCAAUCUCCCUGAACUCCAAUCAAGCUACAGUCCCUCAUCCUUCUUCUCCAUAUCGCCAAGCAACUGAUGAUGUUGAUCUUUUUCAUCCUGCAAUCUGUAUGAACUCUGGUCAAGCUCCAGUCCCACAUCCUGAGACUUACAGCCCUUUCCAAAUCCCACCAAGUAUUCAAGAUUUAAUAGCCAAGCAUUGCAAUUGCUUGAAAAAUGAUAUUUCUUCUAAAAUUAUUAGCAAUGAUGAACAAGCUUAUUCAGAUUUCUCAGAUGUCUUUCGUCCAGUUUUUCUCAUUCGUUUGGCCCUUCUUUCUGCUGAGAUAGCGUCUGAUACUGUGUCAGCGAGCUGUGUUCCUGAUUUUCACAAAGAUGGUAAUUCAGAAUUCGUUCCAGUUAGUACAGUCUAUGAUCCCUCUCCUCAAACAUCUGCGAGGCAGACUCUGCAACUUAGCAGCACUGCACAAUUUGACAAAAGUGCUACUCCCAAUAUUGGUCCAGUGUUUGAUCCUUCUCCCCUGCCAUCUGCGACGAACAAUAUCUUGGUGAAUGAUACUUUUUUCAUUCAGAAAGAUGUCAGCACUGACAGCAUUGACUACUCAUCUGAUUGUGUAGAGCAGAUAUUCCAUUCAUGUUAUACUCCUCAAGUUGAGCAAGAUGAUAUUAAUUCUCCAAGCACACAUGUAUUCACUCAUCAAACGGGCUAUUCUGAACCAAUUAUUGAUGUAUCACAAACAAAUUUGAGAGGUUUGCUAUUAUUCUGAAUUCUUUACUUAUCUUAA